GAACAAGAGAGAAAGCGGGAGAAAAGAGAGAAAAUGAUAUUCUCUGUAAGAAAAGAAAGAGAGACGACUCAAAGAGAGAGAGAGAGAGAGAGAAUGAGAAGAGAGAGAGAGCAAGAGGCCGGUGAGUCGAUGAGAUGCUUAUUUUCACUAGAGAAUAGAAAAGACUAAGGUGAUGUGAAUGGAAGAUGAUGAAUGAAAGAUUUAAUUUUGUUCGUUUGUAAGUGUUUGUAGAUUUAAAUCGAUAUUCUAACAAAAUUGUUGUCAUUCUGAGUUCUAAUUGUGUUUUCGAUAUUGUGUUCAUCUUUAUAUACUUUCCGGGUAAGAAUUGAUAAACAAACCGACUGAGUGUUUGUUGUGAUUUCCCUUUACGUUAAGCUUUUUUCAGCCUCUUUUGCGAGUUAAUUGUUUCGUUUUUAAAAUCGAAAAUUCGACACAAAAAAAAAGGAAAAUGUUACCUUUAGACUCUAAGGAUGUGGUUAAGAAACAUUUGAAUUCUACAUCAACUGUUUACUCUAAUUACUAUUACAAUUACCAGCCCAAUCUGAAUAUCGAUGCUGAUAUAAUUGCUAAGGUGAAAAAGGAUAAUCGAGACAAGGAAAAGGAAAGAAUCGCCCGAUUAAGACGAGAAUUCAAACAAGAUUUGUCGAAAUCGAAACGAGCCAAAUAUUCAUCCGCCUCAUUAUCAGUCAAUCGGGUUUUUCGAGAUCUCAAAAAAUUGGCCAAAAAGCACCUAACGAAUGUCCAAUCGUCUUUUGAUCAUAUUCUUCUUUAUAAAUUUGCAGGAAGCAGUUUUUUCAGUGGAUUUGAAAAGUUUCAAUAGGAUGGAUUAAGAUUAACGCCAAAGUGUAACAUUUAUCGUUCUCGUCUUUCUGGAUCAUCUAUGUAAUUAAUGCUAAUCAAUUGGAUUGAUUGGAUUGUCAAUAUUUCUUAUAAUCACAAAAUCUGCUCAUAAUCAAUGAUUAUCGAUACAAAAUUUAAUCGUUAUCAUCUCAUUUCUUCAUUGAUCAUAAUCUAAUCGCUAUGUCAACAGUUAUAAGGAAAACUAAUCUACUUUUAUUUGCCUCAAAUUGUGAAUUAAUUUUAAAAUCUUGGAGUUUAAUUUUGCGUAAAAUUAAUUGUUAAGAAUCAUGAUUGAUUUGGUUUCUUUUCGUUAAGCAAAAAAAAAAACAAGUUACUGAACUUAAACUAAUUGCAACUCUUAUUAUACGAUUAAAUUGCGCUAAUUAUCAAUUGUAAUAGACGCUUUUUCGUUUUCUGUUACAAUUAAUUGAAAUGUAUUUUCUAUGGGACAACAAUUAAUCUAUUAGAGUAAUUAUUGUUUUGUAUUGUGUUCAUUUUCAGUGAGAAAACGAAAGUAAUUUACUUUAAAUGUAUUGUAAUUUGAUACAAUAAACAGAAAAAUAAUAAAAUGUUGAUUUUCAUUGUAAAAUCAACUGAAUGGCUAUUCAAAUGAUUGAACAA